CGCGCCGGUGUUCGGCCACUCUGCGCCGCCGCGUGGUGUGCUUAUAGCGGCGCUUGCUCGCUGAUCCUGUUUGGGUUUGGGGUUUUUGUUGCUAGUGCUGGGUUUUCUGUGCGUGGGGUUGGGUGCUUUCCCCUCUAGUACGUCACAGUACGUCGCUUGCGGUUGCGUAACAUCCGGUGCGUGAUCGGGGGAUUAUUUCCCGCUCUUAACUACUCUGGUUUUAGUGGCUGCGAGUUUUGCAUCUGCGGUACGGAAAAAUGGUUGCGGCGUUCGUGAGGCGAUUCGCCUCGUCAGAGUUGUUUGCCUUGAUUUCUGUGUUUACUUGGGUUUAAGUUGGUGCCCAUGGAUUAAUUUACUGGCUGAAGGGCUGUGGUUGGUUUCCUUGGUGGACUCUGGGGUUCGAAUCGAAGCAACAAGGGGUUGAGACUUGAGAUUUCCUCUCCUUUCUCGCGAUUCCUGAGUGUUUUGCGCUGAUCCUGAUGCAUUAUUUGCGGAAUUUGUGCAAUGCUGUAGACUUACAGUUGUGUUAGGAGCGUCUUUGGUGGUUCACGGCCUUUUGGCCUUCUUUGAGGCCUGGGUUUAUGCAUUGGGCGCGUGCCUGGGGUGGGGCUGCCGAAUCUGUUCCAUUUUGAUGUUACCUCGAAGCAUGUGCGUGGACAUGUAAAUUGGCACUUCACUGUAUAUGAUCUGCCUGCUGGCAUCUGUGUCAGUUUCGAUUUUUGCAAUUUUUGCGGUAGAACUUUAGGACUAGGUUAGAUAGCUCCAUGUGUGUUUCGGAAAGGAAAACCCAUUUACUAUCCUGCUGUCUUUAUCUAGGAAGAGUAAUUAUGCUACAUUUUAUAUUAGUUCUGGACCUGUUUAUGCUUUGCAUGCCUCUUGGCUAGGAAUAAUCUUAUUACCUUCAUUUUGUUUUUCAACUUUGAACAACCGAUUCAUUUCAGUGCAAUAUGCAGGCUAGAUUUCAGUUUAGUUAGAUGUAUGCGCAUUAUCUUAGAGUAUAAUUGAGUCUCACUCCAAUGUUCAUGCUAUUCUAGCAGGUUAAGUCGAAGCGAUGGGAAGUGUGACACUUGAUUUGAAUGAGCAACCACAUGAAAAUCAAGGUGGCUGCUUGAAUUAUGUGUUGCUGCAAAAGGAUGGUAAGAACAUAUGCCGCACCAAAGUUUGCGACCUUCCCAUAGAAGUGCCGACCAUUUGGUCAAUUAUUUCAUUUAAGCCAACUAAAGCAUACCAGAAGAGUGUGUUCCCAAAAUUUUCGCUGCUUCCUGAUCCCGAAGAUCGUCGUCAGAAAACUGAAUGGGGAAAGUUCAUGCGCUUCCUUUCGGAUAAUAAAAAGGCUGCUAUUGUUAGAUGUGAGUCUUCAACCUUCCACAUACUUGCUUCUCAACCUGAUGAAUACUCAAACUUUCCACAUGCGGUGCUCUUGUACAAAUGUGGACAAAAUGACCCUAGAGACUGCAAACAGAUGGCAGGAACAUCUGGGAGAUAUGUGAAUAAUCCAGCAAUGGAUUCUUCAAAGAGGUAUUACAAGAGUAAAUUUCAAUAUGGUUCAAAGAAGCCACCAUACUUUAAAGAGGAGAUUUGUGAUAGUGGACCAAACCUCAAGGAGAUGGAAAGUUCAUCCAAGCAUCAUGAUCCACAUGUCACAGGACUUCAUAGACCAGUUCAAGAAUCCUCACCAUGCGAGUCCAUUGAAGACAGUCCUAGAGUUUUGAAUCCAGUAGUAAAGAAGAGAAUGGCUUCUCCUAAAAAAAAUUUCAUUGUUGCGGACCCUAGUUAUCUGCGAACACUAAGUCAGACACAUGCUGGCUGGAUAUUUGGAGCAAUAGCCGAGCUCAUUGAUAACUCCAGAGAUGCUGGUGCAUCUAGGUUGAGUAUUUCCAUUGAAUCUUUGUUUUCAAAGAAAGCACAGAGGAAAAUUCCUGUCUUAUCUAUAAUUGAUGAUGGGCAUGGAAUGACUUAUGCUGAUAUGAUGAGGAUGAUCUCUUUUGGUCACAAACGUCCAAAUGAGCAUCGCGAGAAUCAGAUUGGGAGAUUUGGAAUUGGAUUUAAGACUGGUGCUAUGAAACUUGGAAAGGAUGCAAUUGUGCUUACUCAAACUUCAUCCUCCAGAUCAGUGGCCUUUCUUUCCCAGUCUUUUAAUGAAGAAAAGGAUAAUCUUGAGAUCCCUGUGGUGACAUAUCGAAAGGAAGGGCAAUACAUGGAAGUUGAUUUGAGUGUCCAGUCUGAAGCCACUGCAGAAUAUAACCUGAGUGCUAUUAAGGAAUUUUCUUCCUUCAAUGAGUAUUUCAUUGGAGAAAAGUUAGGCCUGUUUGGUGAGGAGCGUACAGGGACACAAAUUUACAUAUGGAAUUUAGACAGAUGGGGUAAUGAUUACACUUUGGAGUGGAAUUCUGGCAAGUCUUCUGAAAAUCCUGUGCACAAUGGUCGUGGAGACAUAUUAAUCCGUUCAAGAAGAAUCAGAUCACGUCCAGGACAAACAAGUAACAAGGUGCUGUUGGACUAUUCUCUUCAGUCCUAUUUGGAAGUUAUGUUCCUGAAUCCUCGGAUGAAGAUAUCUGUCCAAGGAUCUUUGGUCAAAAGCCGUCCCUUGGCAAAGACCCUUAACAAGACAUCUGUUAUGUCUGGUGAAAUUAUGGGAAGGACUAUUCUAUUGACCCUGGGAAGGAGCAAGGUAGAAUGGGACAGAACAAAUUGUGGAAUUUUCUUGUAUUGGCAUGGUCGUCUGAUUGAGUCUUACAAGCGGGUUGGAGGCCAGAAGCAUAGUGCUGAUGUGGGACGUGGAGUCAUAGGAGUUGCAGAUAUCACAAAUCUCAUUGAUGAUGAAGAUGGUAAUUCUUGGGUUUUGAACAGUAAGCAGGGAUUUCAAGAUUGUGAAAUUUAUGCUAAACUGGAGGAGUGGCUUGGUAGGAAAGUGGAUGAAUACUGGGAUACAAAAUUUGACAAUCUCGAAUUGAGAAAAAGGGAUGAGCACCACAAGCCUGAUUGUGACUGGGUUCAGUGCUGCAGCUGUCGUAAAUGGAGAGUGUUGAAUGCAGGCUUCAAUACAGACACUCUUCCAGUGGAAUGGUUCUGCUACAUGUCACCCUUCAAUGGGAAAUGUGAGGUUCCAGAGCAACAAAUGGGACGUGGUGUCAUUGUGAUUGGUGAAAAGAGAUCUGGCAACGAUGAACAAAAUAAGACUACCCAGCAAGGAGAGACACCAAAGAAGGAAAUGAGGCCUGAGAACCUUGAGGUUGAGAAGAUUGUUCAAGAUGAAGAUGCGAAGAAUGUCCAGGGUACCCUAGAGGUCAACAAGCGAAAGAAUUCUUCAAGUGGGGUACCAUCAAAGCCCAAGAACAACAGUGAUGAUGAUUUUGAAGGUGCAUCCUCACAAACAGAGGAUGAUGCCCCUCGCCCUACUUUAAAGAGGCUAAGAAGGGGACCUGCUGCGAAGACUUACAAAUGCUGACGAAAUUGGAAAACAUGUGAUUUUUCUCUCUGAUCGCUUGUUGGUGCCCCUACUUUUACCCCAUCUGUGGUAUCAUGCUUCGCGUGGACUUCAAGACUAAUGCCUGAGGCCUUCUUUCAACGCACACUAUUGGAGGAGCACUGCAUCAGUAUAACCAGUUUUGUUCUUGUGCAGUAGAAGUGCUGUUGUCGUGUUUGUAAAUAUAGUGGUGGAUUAGUGGGUCGUUUGUAACUAGGUGUUUCUUCUCAAAAUGUUAGCAGCUUGACAGCUUCAGUCGGUGAAAGUGUGUAUAAUAACUGGCCUGUGAGCUUUACAAUGUUAGGGUGCGAGAAGGGCAGAUCGUUUUUUGCUGCGCACAGUGCUCCAGUAGCCACUAGCCAGUCGGCCACUGAUAGGGCCGUGGAACCUUUUUUGUGUUCAUCCUGAACUUUAGAGGUGCGAAUAGCGGAAUACGCAUUAUUUACUGUUUGCUGCAUCUGCA